AGUUUAAGAUAUUCCAAAUACUCUAUCUUUCGAUUGAUUAUUUUCAUUUAUUCUUAUCAUUAUUCUAACCGACCCGUGACUUCUUGCUAUAAUUUUAUAAUUCAUUUCAAUAACUAAAUUCAAUCAUCAUCAUUUCGAUAUUCCGUAUAUAACUUUCGAUUUACCAACAAUAUGAAAAGUACGUUGUUAUUUUUUUGUUUUCUUUGUGCAAUUUUCACAGUGCAUGGAUGGACAGCAAUUAUUAGAAGGGAUCCGGCAACAGCACAUCUAGGAGAUUGUUACACAACCAUCUACAAUCUUGGAGCUUUCAAGUGCGAAGAAAUAAAAAGAAUACGAACCGAAUGCGCUACAGCGACUUGUAGGAAAAAUGGGGAUAUAUAUCUAGCUGGAUGCGGCGUCCAAACUGUCGAGCCACCCUAUAAGAUGGUACCCGGUGAUUUGUCGAAACCUUUUCCGGAAUGUUGUUACCGAAUGAUCGGUCCGAUUAAUGAUACAACGACAAACGAACAAACGGAAAAUUGAACAAUUUAUUUAGUUUUUUUUUUCGAAAAAUUAUUUAAUUACAAAUGAUUUAUUAGAAUUUGGUGAAUUUUUAUUGGUAUAAUUUUUUUCAUCAAUUUUUUUUUUUUUUGAGAAGAUACGACAGUGCGAAUAUUUUUUUUCAUUUUAUACGUUUUUUAUUGUUUUUGUAAUUUUUAUAUUUCUUUUUAAUAUUGUGGUAUUUUAAAUUUUGUUCUAACUAUUUUCAAUAUUUAUUUUUUGACUUUUUCAUUGCAUGCUAUGCCCUUUCGAUUUCUUCUAAUAGUUUUUUAUUAGUGAUUAUUGUUUUUUUUUACGUUUUUUAGUGUUUUGUUUCUCUUUUCUUCUCAUUUACCAUAAUCUGUUUUCUUCUAUUAUUUUCAAAAAUAACAUUGAAUAAUUGAAAUAUCUUGUUUACUUUCCAUUCAAUUUUAUGUUUUUACGUUGCUUUCCUUAUUCUUCAAUUGUCUUUUUGUUUCUUUUCUUCAUCUAUUUAGUUUCUUUUCAUUGUUUAGUUUGUUUUUUAAUCAGAUAAUGAAUGAAUACAAAUUUUUUUCAUUUUUUUGUUUUUUUUCCUUUAAUCAAAUUUCUGUUUUUACGUUGUUCUUCUCAUUCUCAACAUCAGAAAAUCCUUUUCUGUCCAUGUCCUCAAUUUCGUUUUGCUUUUUUUUGGUUUUCAAUGAGAACAUCAAAUAAUCUCAAUUUUUUGUUUUGUUGGUCUAUUUCCUAUUAAUUUCUUCAGGCUUCGAUUAUUUUCUUUGUUCUCUUGCUUCUUUUGCAAAUUUUCUUCUUUGUUUUUCAAUUAUACCGUGAAAUAAUUUUUUAUUUAUUAUUUUUUUUCAGUACAUUUCCUUAGUUUGAAAAUUUUUUUUGUUUUUUUGUAUUAUUUCCAUGUUUUAUCGUUUGUUAUGUGAUUUGAUUUUGUUUUCCUAAUUUCUGUUUCAAUCAUUGCAUAAAAUGAUUCUUAUAUUUUUUGUCGCGCUUGUUUUUUAUUCUCUUUUGCGUUCCUUUCCUCGUUUUCUAUUUGUUUUGUUUGUUUUGAAUUUAGUUUGAUUUUUUCAAGUAUGUUAAUUAACUAUAACGUGAAAUAAUACAGACUUUUAAGUUUUGUUUGUUUUUCCAUUCUAUUUUCUAUGUAUAUAUUACUUUCUCCAUUACUCUCUUGUUUUUCAUUUUUGUUGUUUAUAAUUCUAAGCUUUCGCUUAGUUUUUUUGUUUUUUUUUUUAUCAGUACUGAGGAGAAAUUAUCGAAAUUUUAUGUUUUCUUGAGUUGGUUUGCCCUUUUUUCCAAAUUUCAUUAUCUAAUUUUGUUUGCGAUAACUUUUUUAUUUUCAUUCUUUUUUCCAUUAUUUUCACUCGUAAUCCUCUUUAUCAUCUUAUGCAUCCAGUUUUCGCGCUUUUUCUCCUCUCUUUUUCCAACUCCACAAGUUUUUUUCUUAUUUUAAUAUUUUUUGUUUCAUUUUUCGUUUCAAUUUUAGUUUUUUACCACCGUUUUCGAUUUUUUUUCUUCGUUUAUGCAAUUUUUUUAUCGCUUUAAUAUUUUAUGUUUUUUUUUUCACUUUUUCUUUGUUUUCCACUGUUUUCAGGUCUUUGGUAUUUUUUCGAUUUUUUUUGUUGUAAUUUUAGUUUUUUCAUUGUUUUUCCUCGUAUCUUUUUUCAUCUUAUCUCACCAAAUUUUUGUUGUUCUUCCAUUUCUCCAAGUUCUUAAGGUUUUUUCCUUAUUUUAAUAUUUUUCGCUUUUCUUUUAUGUCAAUAUUUUGUUUUGAUUGUAUUUAAUCAGAAAAAUUUUGAAAAAUAAAGAAAAAUCAUUAUAGAUUA